AUGGCGAGGUCUGGCGACGGUUACGGUAUUGGAGUGGACGAGUCGUAUCGCGCGCUGCCGUGGCUGUACUUGACAUUCCUGUCGAUCUGGUUUGUCUCUGCUUGCUCUUGGACCAUUUACACCUACAGAACGCGCCAUUUUCAGUGGACACUGGCUUCGGUUCCGUUGAUUAAAGCAUUACAGCUCAUGCUGUCCUUCCUCUUCUGGUAUUCUUGCUACAAUUUUCAGGCCUGUUCUUUGUGGAUGUCAUUUGGGGUGUAUGUAACAGGGGUGCUAUUUCAGACAGCUGCUUUUGUCUCCUUUUUGCUCAUUUCUCAUGGUUACUGCAUCAUGUGUGAGCGUCUUUCUCUAAAUGAACGUCGUUCAACCGCCGCACUUGCAUGUAUCUUUUACUUAACCCUGAUUGGUUACAAGGCUUGCGUGCCAUACUUCUCUGCUCUUCUGAUAUUAAAUUACUUUGUUUCAUUCUAUAUAAUAUUCCACCAUAUAUCCCAAAACCUACUGGUGUUGAGAGAACAAUUGAGCAUUAUAGAAAAUGAGGAUAUUCAACUCAUGUAUGAUGCCGUGUAUAAGAAGUACACAAUGUUCAAGAAAUUUCAGGGUGCAAUGCAGAUAGUAGCUACAGCAGAAACUGUGAUAUAUAUGAACAUGGACGACUCUUCAGAAAAUUACUGGCUUCGUUUAUUGCUCAGGGAAUGGGCACAAUUCUGCAUCUUUGUGUAUAUUGGAUGGAUUUUCAGGUCACAAGAUUUGGCACCAAACUUCUCUGUUGUGCCUGUUACUAAGUGUAAAAGCAAUACUCUUGUUCCUCCCAUCUACAGUAUUGAAAUGGAUGCAGCAACAUUUAAAGAAUUUAGUAGCCACGAAUGGCACAUUGGAGUGCCAACUUCUGCUUCUCGGGUUGAAAACUCUAAAGAUGAAGUUUUGGUAAUCAUUCAGCAUCCUCGAGCACAGAGGCUAAGAAAGCUCGAUACCAUUUCGCAUAGCACCCUCAAUACAGUUUCAUCUCCAUGUCAAGAUAUAACCACUACUGCUAAAUAA